AUGAAGGCUCUAAAGUUGGCCAUCUGCCUUCUGGGCAGCAUCGUCAUCACGGCAUCCUGUGCCAACCUCCCCCAGGUCAGACGCCAUGCUCCAGACUGGGACCUUGCAAAGCCCAUGAACGGCCUCACCUUUGAGAGAGCCAAGGCCAUCAAGGAGCCGAGCAGCGACCGCACCACGAUGCACUUCUCGCACCUCAAGGGCAUCAAGGCAAGGCCAGGCCAGCAGCACUCGGGCGUCUCUUCGUUCCAGAACAUCUCGGCCCUGACUGCUGCGUCCACCCAGUAUGCCAUCCAGUGCGGCUGGGACGGCGUCCCCGUCUGGCUGCUCUUCGACACCGGCAGCUCCGACACGUGGGCGACCAAGACGGGCUUCAAGUGCUCGGACGGCACCGGCGAUUCGCACAACGAGGCUGCGUGCGGCUUCUCGACGCCGUACAUUGACGGCUUCGGCCACGGCCAGAUCGACGAGCUGCACUUCUACCUCAAGUACGGCUCGGGCGAGCACAUCUCGGGGCCCAUGGGCUACAGCGACGUCUCGUGCGGCGGCGUGUCCGUGGCGAAGCAGCAGGUCGGGCUCGCCAACAACACGUACUGGCACGGCAACAACGUCACCGUCGGAAUCCUGGGGCUUGCGUAUCCGGCCAUCACCAGCGCCUACUAUGGCGACGUGGGCCAGGAGGCGCCGUGGAACGCCAUGAGCUACACGCCGUUUCUGACCAAUGCCAUCAGCCAGGGCACCAUCGAUCCCGUCUUCAGCGUUGCCCUGAUCAAGAACUCGACAGAUGGCGUCAUCGCCUGGGGAGGCUUGCCGCCGAUGGACUGGCAGUUCCGGGGAUAUGCCAAGACGGAUCUCAUCAUUGCAAAUCUUGUUGGCCAGCCGGAAACUGCGUGGAAGUACUCGUUCUACACGAUUGUGCCCGACGGCAUGCGAUGGGACCAGACGACAGACACCACAAAGUACCCGUACAUUGUCGACACGGGCACGACGAUGCUCUAUCUGCCUCCUCCCCUGGCCGAGUCCAUUGCCAACUCGUUCCAGCCGCGCGCCGUCUACCUCUACCAAUGGGGCACGUACUUUGCGCCCUGCGACGCCAUCCCGCCGCACUUUGCCAUCAUCAUCUCGGGCGUCGAGUUCUGGAUCAACCCGGCCGACCUGAUCUACCAGGACCUCGUCGACCCGCUGACGGGCUACUGCGCCAUUGGCAUCGCCAGCGGCGGUCCGGGGCCGUACAUUCUGGGCGAUGUGUUUUUGCAGAACGUGCUGGCCGUGUUUGACGUUGGCGCAGCCGAGAUGCGGUUCUACUCGAGAAAAUGA